GAGCAACGCGCUGGGAGAGGAGAGACCACCGAGAACAGCCCCGCGCUCUCACACAUACACUCACACUCGGCUCUUUUCUCUCCCCCCACCUCCUCCUCCUUCCACCCCCACCACUAACACCAUCUCCUCCUCCUCUCUGCAACAAGAAAAAAAAAAAGCCAUUUACAGGGGGUGAUGUGCAACUAAUUAAAGGCAGACUGGCAGCGUCUGCAAAUUCUAAGGCUCCCCAAAUAAAAAGAGACUGUUGUAACAGUUGGAGGAUAAUGCAAAGGAAGACGCUGCCUGGGAAUUCACCGACUGUGGAAAUGCGCCCCAGAGAGGAAUAAAGCAGCCCUCACCUUGCUCUCCCCACCCGGACCCACUUUCCCCUCCCGCCUCGGCCCCCACCCCAACACCACCAUCACCCCUUUCCCUCCCCCCCACCUUCCCCCCUUUCCCACCCAGGUGUCGGACCAGUCGGUCCCCACUUCCACCCUGCACCCCUUCUUCCCCCCCUGCACCAUGAACACCAAUGUCUGCGUGGAGCCCGGGCCGAGCCCGGAGGCCCCGGGCUUGCCCAAGGAAAGCCACCUGCCCGAGGGGGCCCUGAACAGCCUUGUGGAUUACAACUCGGAGAUGGAGCGCUACCGCUCCUUUGCCACUUCCUUUUACAAGACCAACGGGGGCGCCUUCCCGCAGGCGGCCAAGAUCGCGCGCAUCACCACCCCCAUCUUCCCCAGUAGCGCCGCCGCCGCCGCGGCCGCCGCUCGCAUCGGCAUGUCCCCAUGGAACUGCGACAACGCGGCCACCGCCGCCGCCGCCACCGCCAUGCUCUGGGGCAGCGGCGGGGGCGGGGGCGGCGGCGGAGGCGGCGGCGGGGGCGGCGGCGGCGGGGGUGGCGGGGGCGGCGGGGGCGGCAGGAAAUCCUCCUCCUCGGCCGCCUCCUCCUCCGCCUCCUCCUCCGCGAUCCUCCCCGCCGGCGGCGGCGGUGGCGGCGGCGGCGGCGGUGGCAGCAGCAGCAGGACCAGCAUGCACCACCGAAACGACUCCCAGAGGCUGGGGAAAGCUGGCUGCCCGCCAGAGCCGUCGUUGCAAAUGGCAAAUACUAAUUUCCUCUCCACCUUAUCCCCUGAACACUGCAGACCUUUGGCGGGGGAAUGCAUGAACAAGCUCAAAUGCGGCGCUGCUGAAGCAGAGAUAAUGAAUCUCCCUGAGCGCGUGGGGACUUUUUCCGCUAUCCCGGCUUUAGGGGGCAUCUCAUUACCUCCAGGGGUCAUCGUCAUGACAGCCCUUCACUCCCCCGCAGCAGCCUCAGCAGCCGUCACAGACAGUGCGUUUCAAAUUGCCAAUCUGGCAGACUGCCCGCAGAAUCAUUCCUCCUCCUCCUCGUCCUCCUCAGGGGGAGCUGGCGGAGCCAACCCAGCCAAGAAGAAGAGGAAAAGGUGUGGGGUCUGCGUUCCCUGCAAGAGGCUCAUCAACUGUGGCGUCUGCAGCAGUUGCAGGAACCGCAAAACGGGACACCAGAUCUGCAAGUUUAGGAAAUGUGAAGAGCUAAAGAAAAAACCUGGCACUUCGCUAGAGAGAACACCUGUUCCCAGCGCUGAAGCAUUCCGAUGGUUCUUUUAAAGCGGUAGUAUAUCUUAUCUUCAAGGCAUUUGGAAGUGAAGGGCAAACUAAUGUCUUGUUUUAAGAAACUUCUUAGUCCACCACUGAAGAAAAUAUCCAGAUAUUAUUUUCAUUUUAUGUAUAGGGGUUUCUUCAAAAAAAAAAAAAAAAAAGAAGAAAAGAAAAGAAAAAAAGACAUAAAAUUAAUCUGGGGGCUAGGGGAAUUGGCCAGUCUAUUUACUUUCAAUACACUGAUUCUUUCUUUGAUGUAAUUUAGCUAUACUAGUGAAGUUGUUGUCUAUUUUGAAAGUGGCUGUAAAAAGUAAGUUUGGGUAAACCCCUGCUGUAAAAUCAUGUAUCUUUGCAAAGUACAUAUCUAUACUUCAUUUUCAAAUAUAUGUGUUUCAGUACUGUAAACUGUACAGAUAGCAACUUGUAUUUUGUGUGUUUAGACACAAGGAGACAAUCAUGUCUGAGCAUCUAUGGAGAUUAACAGUUUAUACACAACAGUAUGGUUCUGCAAGUUAAAUCUGGAGCAAUAAAUUUUAGCUUUAAAUAUUUUUUGCCAGUUGUUUCUAGAAGCAACAACAGCAGUGGCACUGUUUUACCAUGCAUCUUUCCGUAGAGACUUUGAUGCCAAGUUUUACAAGAUGAAAAGGUUAUGAUGCAUCCAGCAAUUAUUCAGUUGUAUUGUUUAAGAGGGGAAGAUGUUAUGAAAGUUUAAAUUAAUCUUUUGAGCACUAUAUUAGAGUAGUGGUUAUGCACUUGCAUUGCUUACAAAUGAGCUGUACAGAAGGGUAUACCUCCCAAAUACUUAGUGUAGUUGACUUGUCUUGGAUUGCACUGUAAGGUGGAGUACUCAGAGUAGUUGGUACAUGCAGAAUCAGUUGUAUAAAUUAAAAAACAAAAACAAAACUGUUUUCUAGGAUAUGGAAUAAAUAAAGUAUCAGAUCUUAGGGGGAAAAAUCCAUGACUGACUUGUUUUCCCAGCCCUACAAGGGCUGUAGAUGUUUUUGUUUGUCUAUUUUUUGCUUUUUUUGCGUGUGGUAGGAAAAAUAAAAACAUAAUAAAAUGUAUCCGAAUGUUUUAAUUCCAUGUAUUAUAUUAAAUGCGUAGUUUUGUUUAAAAAUUUGAAUACAUUGCAGCCUCCUGCACCCAGGCAUGGCUAAGUAGAUUUUUUAAAUUACAAAGAAUUAAACACAUUUAUGAAAGUGAGGCUUUCUGUCUCUUUUUAUCUUCCUUUCUCAAAGUCUCCUGGUUGGACUAGUGGCCUUCCACCUCGCCCCUCAGUGGAAUCUACCGUUGCUCCCGUUUGUUCUUGUCACCUGACUGCAUUCCUGAAAAGUCAGGGCCACAGUAUGCGGAGUUCCAUAAAUGCAAGACAGCCCCCCAAACACAAAGGUUCUAGGUGUCAUGGGAUCUGUGCUACCUUUCCAUGUAGCUGUUAGUUUUCCUAUGACAGUCAGGGUUUUUAAGGUCCUCCCAUUAAGAUGAAUAUUAUUUGCAAUGACAUGACACCUUACCGUUUUAUUUUAUUUUUCACCAGAUUACAGAAACUAUUUUCAGUUUCAGGAAUAGAACAGAGUAAAGCAAAAAUACAUAGAUUGUUAAAGUUGUCUUUUUAAUAGAACUUUUUGUUUAUUUUCAACUAACCAGUUAUGUUAACCCACAGACAUUCAUUAGCCUGCUUGAAAAUGUUAGCAAAAUGGAUCAUGAGGAAAAAAAUAACUUGAGAAGACAAAGGGUGAUGGAGUAGUGAAGAAGAAUGUAAAGUUUUAGAAAGAUUAGCAGAUGAAUAUUUUUGAAAAGCUAGUUGUAGUUUUGAAGGGGAAAUAAGAGGACGGAGAAGGUUUUAAAAACAUGGAAGGAGCAAUCCAUCAUUACAGUAUUGCGGAUAAGGCCAAUGUGACAAGUAAGUGUGACUUAAGUUUCCUAGAGUAUGAAUGAAUGCAAGGUCUAACAGAUAAGGUCAAAUAGCCUUUUUGAGGAAAAUCCAUUAUGAUUACACCCACCCCUCUUAGAGUAUUAACCACAAGCUGUAAGAUGCUUUAUAUUAAUUUUGAGAUAGCUCUCUACUUGAUGUAACUUCCUUUGAGGCUUUCUACUUAGAAUUUCUAUUUCUGCUAGGGGACCAAUGAGAACUAUGUGAGUUCUUUCUCGUCCCAUUUUCACUUUUUUUAUUUUACUUUUUUUUAAACCCAAUUUGCUAAUUGAUUAUGAGUAAGUGAAAACUUAUUUUCACAUUUGAAAGUUUGUCUUGCUGUUUGAAAAAUGAUGGUUGUUAUUACAGAAGUGAAAAAAAGAAACUUCUAUUCAGACUCUAUUAGGAUACAAUAACCUAUGAAGAUUUCUUAGCAAUGUACUGAGGGUCUAAAAUACAUGCUAGUAUUGCACGUCUUGAUGUGUUUUUGUUUGUUUUCUUAGAGAACUAAUGAAUCUGUAUUUUGUAAAUGUGGUGUUUUCCAUGUCAAUUCAGGUUUUUUUUUGACAAAAGAUACUGAAAUUGAAAGGUUUAGUUUUUCUUUAAUUCUCGUAUAUGUUUUUAUUCUUGAUAUUGUUCUUUUAUAUCACCUAUUUUAUGUUUUUGGUGAAAUAUACUUAUAUAAUAUAGGGUGCCUAUAAAGUUCUCACUGGUGCUGUAUGAAGACAGAUAUUACUCUUCCAGUCUCCCUUUAGUUUUCUUCCCCUUAUGGCUAUGUGCUGUGAACUUGUAAAGCAAAUUAUUAUGAUCCUAAGGAAGUGAUUUGAAGGUUUACAUUUUUCAUGAUUCUAAAAUACCAAUGAAAUGUAACUUUUAAAAAUUUAUCACUGUAUGUUUCAUAUUCAAUACCAAGAAAAUUCAUAAUAUAACAAAUAGAAUAUAGAUCAUGUGAACUGUCUAUACAAAUUAAAAAUUAUAUGUCAGAUAAAUGGAAUUAAAAACCUUGUAAGAGAUGUCCACAUACACAGGGGUCUUGUCUUCUCCAGGUGUGAACAAGGAGAUGUCACAUCCUGCUAGUAUUUGUGGAGAGCAUAGAAAAUACUUGGGGCAUUGAUACAUAGUGCAGUGAGCCAGUUUCCUUUUCAUAGUCACUCAACACCCUAAAAUACUGCAAGAAAAUUGUAACGCAAACGUUUUUCUUUCCAGGCCUUCAGUCCAAGGUGGCUUUCUGAUGGUUUCUUCCUGUUUGUGUACAACCAGAGGCACUUUCACAAAGUAGAAAUGUAUUCAUUCUUGGGGAAGAAAACAUUAAUAGUCUUCCCUAGAUUGAGUAUAUAAAAAUUUCCUGAUUGCUUAACUACCAACACCCAACUUCCUACUUCUAAAAACAUUUAUAGGGAGAGAGAGAUGGUGAGCUUACUAUGAAUUAAUAUUAAGGAAUCUCUAAAAGAAAGGAAUAUUUCCUUCCUUUCAUUCAGAACCCCUGGCUUGUAAGUUGUACAAUUAAUGCAAAAUUAAUUGUCUUUAAGCUGAUAGUAUCUGCAAUCAAAUAAUGAAAAAAAGCAGUUAAAUGAACACACUAAUCUGGGUCAAAUACGUUCAGCAAAAAGCCAUAGUGGGUCUUUGAUCAUAGUUAGAUUCAUAGUGAAAUCAAACAGUUGGUUCUCAUGUAACAGCUAAAUGUUUUGGAUUUUGUUUUCAUUAAAUUUGACAGUUUCACACUGAGAUCUGUAUUUCUAGAGAAUAAAAGACAGCUACUGUGGUAGGAGGGAUUCAUUUUCACAAGUGCAAGGAAGUCAGAGAUAUUUCAGGAACAUGGCCACAAAGUGUACUCCUUUCACAGUGUUCUCCUAUUUCUGAACUGUGCAGUUAUCUAUUAAAUUUUCUAAUAGAUAUUUGUGUAAGGUGUAUGUAUGCUUGUGCAAUUAUUAAAAAAAGCAGUUUUGGAAAACAGUGUAUUUAUUAAAGAAAAUCACAUAUGGGGCAUGUACAAAACUGUAAAAAACUUAAAAAAAAAAAAAAAAUCACAUUCAAUUUGCCCAGUAAAGUUGUUUUUGUGAAAUUUGUGUUGUUAAAUAAAGG